AUUAAGAAUCGGGUCUUGGUCACGGACUUCAGCAAAGGAUGGAUUCGGAGUAAAUGAAUGCAUCAAGGCUCUUGUGUGGGAUAUCUUAUCUGAUAAAGAGAGUAAAACUCCGGAUCCAUUAACCAAAACCAAGGAUGUGUUUGAUUGGGAUGAUGAUUGUUCCUCUUCUAUUAUCAGAUUAGGCAGACAAGAUCUUGACCUGGCGAAUUCCAGGGGUCGGGCUAGGAAAUGCUGCCAUUAAAGGGACUGCAAGCGUAAUUUCGAGUGAUCCUCCAUAUCUAUAGGAUGGCAUCCCUCAUUCACAAACGGUACCCUUAUACCUUAUACCUUAUACCUUAUACCUUAUAGGCAUUGUCAGAUCUGGAAUGCUUUACAUAAAUUUCACAUAUAAUAUGUUCAACAAAUUAAAAGUUGGCAUUACGUCCAUUUUGAAAUAUAAUGUGAUUUUCACGCAUAAACUUGAUUCUGUUAUAAAACUCGCCCUGGAUUUUUUUAUUACUAAUUCCUUAUCCCUGGAAAAGCUUGGGGUGAAAUUAGAAAUAGGCGUACUUCUAUCUCCUUUUUAGUUUUUUAAAGAAUUUAAAGGGUGCACGGCACACCGCGCCCAUCCUGUCAAAACAAC